UUUGUGCAAAUCUGAUAAUGAACUGUUUACUUUAUUAGUAGUCUCAUCCUCUUAUCAGAAAGCAAGGCAGCCACUCAAAAACUCUGCUAGCUUCUCCACCAGAGGAGAGCACGUACUUUCCUCCACAGCCACAGAGGUAACCCAUGGGGUGCGCGAGCUCCAAGGCCAACGCCGACGUCGCGGUGGCCGACGUCUACUGCCCGCCGCCCACCAGUCUGAAUCUGGUUAAGUCUGAACAGCUCAAAAAUUCUACUAAAAUUCAGUACUUCGCCAUUUGGUGUGUUGAAGUCGUUUGGUUGCCAUAUACCUCUAGCCUAGCCUGUAUUAGGCCAGAUUGUGUGGAUACAUACAGUAGCAGUUUGUUUUGUUGUAUGUCUUAAUUAAGAGUGGACAUUAUGUAUCCUACCUCUUUAGAACAUGGAUAAGGAAACAUGUUUCAUUUUGUUGCCAUACACCUCUAAUCUAUCCUGUAUAGGCGAGACCGUGUGGAUGCAGUUGCAGUUUGCUUCAUUAGCUGAAUUAAUUAAGAAUGGUCAUAAAGGAUGGUUUUUUUUUGCCCGUAUAAAUACAUGCUGCAUGAUAUGAAGGUUGAAACCAUGUGUAUAAUCUGAAGUUCUUUCCCUACUAAUGUGCUUCUGCAGUUCUUUCAGCCUACUAAUGUGCUUCUGAAGUUCUUUCACUACAUGUCUGGACAGCUCAUAAAGGAUGGUUUAGUAAUGAGGGCGUGUCUGAUCAUUUGUUGGACAGUUCUUUCUCAAGUAUUCUUUCUCAAGUAUACUUGAGAAAAAAUAUGGUUUUCUCAAGCUAAAUGGGCGUGUCUGAUCAUUUGUUGGACAUGUCUGAUCAUUUGUGCUUCUGAAGUUCUUUCUCAAGUAUUCUUUCACUACAUGUCUGGACAGUUCUUUCACUACAUGUCUGCAGUUCUUUCAGCCUACUAAUGUGCUUCUGAAGUUCUUUCACUGCAGAAAACCAUAUUCUUUCAGCCUACUAAUGUGCAUCAUCGAGUACUACCAUUUUCCCACUGCCUCUACCAAAUGAUCAGCAACAACCAGUUUCCCAUUUGCUGCUCAUUUCGUUCCAAACAUCAUCGAGUACUACCAAAACCUUGCUCCCAUUUAGCUUUUUCUCAAGUAUUCUCUGAACUAGAUCUAAGUUACUGAUGCUGUUCAAGUCAGCUGAUAUGGAGCCAUCCCAUGAAACCCUGCUGGUUCCACCUCUUUUCCUUUUAUGCCUACGGCAUUUCUGUGACUGUACCAUCUCUUUUGUGAGGCGUUUGACACCAAAUUUUUCUGAGACAUAGAGCCAUGCCAUGAUGUCAAAAUGUCCUAUAUCACGAAAAUGGCUGUAUACCCUCUGCAGUAGCGCAGUUUUACCAACGCCGGCGACUCCAACUAUUGCUAUUACAGAAUAUGGUUUUCUGCACCAAUCAUUUGGUUGUUGCUGCUGCUGGUAGAGGCAGUGGUGUUGGUUGUUGCGGAGGAUGAAGAGUUAACAGUACUUCGCCAAAUUAGUACUUCGCCAAAUAAAAAACAGAAGACAAGUGUUCCAACAACUAAACCUCCAAACUUGCGACCAAGACCACAAAGACAAAGUGUUCCAACAACUAAACCUCCAAACUUGCGACCAAGGCCACAAAGACAAAAUGCUCAACCUCAAGACGAACAAGCGAUUGCUGAUUUGCAGACGGUGGGAGAUUUUCUCACUGACAAUGUUGAAGUUUCCGAGGAUGAUCCAAUCAAUGCUACAAAAAAGAGGCCUGCAAGGGGCAUAACUAAGAUGGAGGGAAUAUUCUCAAGGUCACCUGAAAUGCCAAAAAUCAAAAUUUUACUCAAUGAUCGAGGUCAGCCUAUUGGUAAAAGUGCUAGACAACUUUCAAGUGCUAUUGGGUGUCAAGUUAGAAAGAAAUUGUCUAUUGCUACCACGGACUGGAGGCUUGUUGAUAUAAACAAGAAGUAUGAGUUGUGGGAGGAUAUAAAGACAUAUUAUGAUGUAGAUGCUGCUGCCUUAAACUGGGUUAUGCGCACAGCUGGAAAGAAGUGGAAGCAAUUUAAAGCAUCCAUAAAGCAACGAUACUUCAAUCCUGAAUUGUCUAUAAAAGAAAUUCCAGAAUGUCCUGAUAAGAGGGUUAAUGAUGAUGAUUGGCACUCUAUGUACAACUAUUGGAUGUCUUCUGAAUUUCAGGAUCGCUCAGAAAAAGCUAAAAUAAAUCGACAAAAGCUAAAGAUGCACCAUACAGCCGGCAGUGUGAGCUAUGCAUGUUCAGAAUAUGAUUUGGCUGUGAAACUAGGACGUCCUCCACGAAGAGAUGAAAACUUUAUCCAAACCCAUACAAGAAAAAAUGGUGUUCCUACAGAACAGGCAAAACCAAUAAUUGACCAACUUAAUGAUGUUCUUGGAGUAUAUCCAGAGUUAAAGGACCGAUCAAUUCAAGAGGGUGAUGCAUUCUCUAUUGUUUGUGGACCGAAAGAGCCAAAAGGAUAUGUUCGUGUUUUGGGUUUAGGCCCUACUCCUCAAGAUAUUGGCACUCCAGAGUUGAAGUCUUAUACUGCAACAAGACUACAAAUGGAGAUUCUUGCUCGUACAAAGGUUCAAAGUGAGAAGGCUGCUUUAGAAGAGCGUGUACUUGAGCUACAGACUCAAAUUGAGCAAAGGGCUCAACCAGACCGGGCAAGUGAAGAGCCCAUGUCACAUCGCGGCUCUACUUCAUUUCAACAUAAGGUGAUGAGGAACAAGUUUGCUGCUGAGGAUGAGGAAGACAAUGAAGAAUAUUGUGCUUCUGAAGAUGAGGAAUUAGAUGAUGAGGAUGAUCAAAUAUUUCAUCAGAUGCAAGGUGCUAACUCACCAAGAUCUACAAGGCACUUUGCUGAAGCUUCACACUCUAAACAUGAUGAUCUUGUUGGAAAAGAUGUCAUAUUAUAUGCUAUGUUGAGAUCUGAUUUGCCUGUGGCUAAAGGGACAAUUGUUUCUACUAAACCAAGCACCACAGUUGGAGGCCAGAUCCUUGGAAGGCAAUAUUGUGAAGUUAUUGUAACUUGUGUGAUAAAACGAGAUACAGUUUUGCCUCGCCCUUGUGCAAAUGUGGAAACUAUGGCUGAUGCUUACAUGAUGUCAGUUGCAUGGCCGUACAAGAAACUGAAGUUGGUGCAUAAGGCUGCAACACCGUCUAGUGGAGGGUGUUCUGGACAAAGAAAGCUUGUACCUUAAAACAGGAGGAUACAAGAAGCUGGAGUGGUUGCCUGAAGGCUUUUGAACUGCUUGAAGCAUUAGUGUAGCUUUGGUGCUUUUGUGACUGAUCAGCUCUGGAGCAGCUAGAGUGAUGUAGUUGUGGGCUUUUGAACAAUAGCUGGAGUGAUAUGAAACAUUAGUGAUGUAGUUGUGGGCUUUUGAACUGCUUCAAGCUGGAGUGAUGUCGCUGUGGUGCUUUUGUGACUGAUCAUCUCUGGAGCUUUUGUGAAUGAUCUAGCUAUUUGUAAAUGAUCGAAUUGUGAAUGAUAUUAUAAUUGUGAUACUUUUGUGAUCAUAUAAUUGUGGUGCUUUUGUGUUUAUGU